AAAGCUCCAAUAGGAACAGCUUCAUAUCUCCAGAUAAAAGGGACCUUCUUAAGGAUCGUCAUCUCAUCUUCACCCCCGUGUCGCCUCCAUGAACUCGAAAAAUAUGACCGUGAUAUCGGGUGCUACAAAGACUUCCAAUCACCAGAAAGCCAGACCUGUUUUGUCUCAGGAGCAUUAUCUUCCUACACCUUUAAGUACAAAUAUGAUUAUAGCUCCUUCAGCGCAGCCUCUGCCUUUCAUACCCCCAUCUAUCUUCAACUUUGGAUCGGAGGCGGCGGAAUAUCGUACUAACGCGGCUCUUCCAAAUAUCAUGACACCCUCCUCUACUUUCAUACCAGACCAUACGCGAGCAUCUACUCUCAGCACUUCGAGUACCACUUUCCGGGUGGCGGGAGAGCUCCAAAGGUUGGACGAUGUCCAGUUGUCCCUCCGAAACGACAACUUCGGUACGAGACCUCUUGCUGCAGGCAAUUUCAUGGUUGAUCCAAACGAUGCCACGGAUGCCAUAUUGACCAUGUUCAAUACUCCAUUCGACGUAGAAGAAUGUGGAACAACCCAGACAGCCCUACAAGGCCUUCCAGGUGGGAUGACCCCCGUAUCGGCUCUCCGUGGAGAAUACAGCAUGGCGGGAAUAGACCUUCAGUCCAAUGGGCUAGUGGGUGAAAAUAACAUGACUGUACCUGCUACCGUUUGGUUGGAAGGUUGCGAUAAGGCGGGGACUGGGGUAACGUUUCAAUACAGUUACCCCGAGACGAUCUCAUUUCCCCCAAAGCAAGCCAGCGCGGACGUGAAGGCUAUCUCGACUAAAUUCAAUAAAAAUUUCAAACAUCAUAACUACCUUCCAGACAUCCAGCUGGUUUCGUCAGAUUCUGUUCUCUUCGAAGUUCAUUAUCGCGAAAUCAUCAUUGCAUCUACGAAUGCAUUUAACAAACUCUUGGAACAUCACACGCCUUGCGUUUCCGUCCAGGAGACUUCUGAAAUGCUCAAUAUCAUUUUGCACGCGAUAUACGGUAUAUCAUGCUCUCAAUUUCGACACACCAUCGAUCAUCUCAUAACUGCUGUCCGCCUCUUUCCUAAAUACGGCCUGGAACCCAAAGCUUUUGUCUCACCUUCAUCGCCGCUCUUCGACGUUAUUCGUUUCCAGAUGCCGCUCUCACCACUAGAAGUUUACGUCGUUGCCUCGAAUUAUGGUCUCGAGGAACUUGCAACCGCCGCAUCAAGUCAUCUACUUUCCUUCAAAAUUGGCACGAUGAGCACUGAGAUGGCGCAACUCAUAAAUCCUGUAUAUCUCAAGCGCCUCUUUGACCUCCAAACAACUCGUGUCAAUACAUUAAAGCGUGCGCUGUCUAUACCCCCGGCCCACCACUCCGCUACUCCGACGUGUGACUUCAUAGCUCAGAAGUCUUUGACUCGGGCGUGGGCGUUGUGUGCAGCAUAUUUGGGGUGCAGUGCUAAUGCUGGUUUGUUGCUAUAUGCUUCCCGUCGAUCUCGAACUCAUAGCGAUGUGUUUCAAGGAAUUACGGCUAGCAGGAUUGAGAAUGUGUUUCGGGCCUUCGCAGAUAGGUACCUUUCAUGCGACGAAUGCAAAGGCUGCCUUAAAGGCUCGCCUAAAAAGUAUCAUUCUCGAAUGGUCAGAGAUGAAGCGAACCAUUUAAUUGAUGGAAUGUGCUGCCGGAGCCAUCUAACAUCUUUCUACCUGAAAAAUACUAAUACAAUGCUUUCACGCUGUGGCGCUAGUGUUAUGGAUGUCGGGGUCUUUUCCAACUUGAGCACGAGUCAACACAUGCCUGCUCUCGGCCUUCUCGGCCUUGACCUCGGCCUACCGGUAUUUUCUCUUAUUUUCUCUUACUUUCUCUAUUCUUCUUGCUGAUACUAGAAUACUACGGAACAUUGUAGAAUUAUAAUGACUCACUGCCUUACUAGUAGUAUAUAAAUAUUGUCUUUACUGUUGUAUUAGGAUCUCUUAAGCUAAUUUACUCAUCUUCAAAGUCCA